AUGAAGAAAGUACAUCUUGACAUGAUCAGCAGCAGGCGACAUCAGUUUCUUGGCGUCUCGAUCAUCUUUAGAUGGUGGAAGAUUUCCCUGAGAAGCGAGUAUCGGUCAGCAAAACCUGGAGAGACAAAGGAAACUCAUGAAGAUUUUCUAGAGAACUCUCAUCUUCAAGUGCAAAUCGCCUUAAUAUUUGGUGCAAGGAUAUUAGACUAUGUCUUCAACAUGUGCGAAGGGAAAUUUGACUACCUGGAGCGGCUCUCAGACAAACUGCUGCUGAAGAUCAUCUGCUUCCUGGAACUCGAAGAUAUUGCCAGGCUCUCUCAGACAUCAAGCAGGUUUGCAAAGCUGUGCAAGUGUGACUCAUUGUGGGAGCAGAUAGUUCAGGCGGCCUGUGACACCGUCUCCCCCGACAUGCGGGCCCUGGCGAAGGACGUGGGCUGGAGACAGGUGUUCUUCACCAACAAGAUUCAGCUGCAGAGGCAAAUCCGCAGGAAGAAGCUGAGACAGGGAAGGCAGAAGGACAAGAAAUAUGCUUAGGGGCUGGCUCUUCCCUCCAGAGGGGCCACAGACGUGCUUCUCCUCAUGUCCAAUUCUUGUUCUUUUAACAACAGCGGUUGCUGAUUCCUGGAAUCACUUGAAAAACCACAUUUUGCACACACAUGAAAACCCACCUAGUGCCUUUCUUGAACAACCACCUCUGUCAUUCUCAGGCCAACCCAUGGCCCAAGUAUUUAGGACUACAAGACAGGAAGCUCUCAGGCUCUCACCUUCCCGAUCCCGUUACCCCUGAGGAAAAAGGCUCUUGUGUGUAUGAACUAACAAUAAAGAGUUAUUUUCAGG